AUGCUUCAGAAUCGGGUUCUCCCUUUCAAUAAAGACGAGGUCAAUUGCCUCUUAGUAACAUUAUCCCAACUUCAUUUUGCAUUUUCUUCUUCAAAUCCUACAGGACUAAGCCUAAGGGCUGUCCUCGAUGAUUCCCCAGAGUCUCCUCUAUACCAUAUUGAAAACCUCACUAGUGCUGAAAGAGGUGGUUCUGAUAAUAUCCGAAUAGGAAUAUUCCGAGAUGGUCUCUUCUAUGUAGUAGGAUUUACAAUAGGAAGCCAACGACACCCAGUGAAGUUGUUGAUGGACAGUGGAGGUGGUCUAAUUUGGACACAAUGUCAACCUUGCAAAAAUUGUUUCCCACGAAAUCUUGGAAUUUAUGAUCCUAGAGUUUCCCGCGGUUAUGGCAUACUGCCAUGCGAUCAUCCUUUCUGCGAUGGUGAUGGUAGAAUCUACAAUUGUGUGAAUGGCGUAUGUGUCUACGACGUUCGAUAUGGUGGUGGAGCCUCCACCAGGGGCGUUGCAUCCUUGGAAGCAUUCCAUUUCCUUAUCGAUCGUUCUAAUAUAAAAACUUUUAAUAAUGUCAUCUUUGGUUGCUCCGAUGACAACCGUGACAUUUUUUUUAAGAAUACUGAUAUUUCAGGCAUCUUCGGAUUAAGCAUGGCUCGGGAUUCAAUGGCAAGCCAAUUUUCUCCUUUAAUUCACGCUCGAUUUUCAUAUUGUUUGGUCCCUUUUAUUGAUGCAAUACCUCGUCCACUUGUCCUAAGGUUCGGAGAGGACAUUCCCCAGCUGCCCCCACAACAUGUUCAAACAACGAUGUUCCUGCCAAAACCAGGAUCCAAUUAUUACGACUUGGAUUUGUUGGACAUAAGUGUUGCAAACCAUCGUCUAGGAUUUCAUCCAUAUACUUUCAGAACCAGGCCAAAUGGCUUAGGUGGUUGCUUCAUAGACUCUGGAGCUUUGUUCUCUGUGAUUGAUUCUGACACCAUUGGGGUCAAUGCUUAUCAAGCAGUGGUAACAGUGUUUGAAGCUUAUUGCGGGUCCGGAGGACUUCGAAGAACAACUGCAGAUCCAAACUUUGGGGUGUGUUAUGAAUAUCCAACUAAUUAUCAUGAUUUUGCAUCAAUAACAUUCCAUUUUAAUGGAGCUGACUACACCGUAGAUGGGCAAUAUGGGCAUUACUUCGGCCGUGGUUAUUUCUGCGUAGCAAUAAUAACGGGAAACUUCGGGACUGUGCUAGGAGCAUGGCAUCAACAAAAUAAGCGCAUCAUUUAUGAUGCUGGGAUUGGUGGACUCCAAUUUGCUGAUGAACAAUGUAUCAAUGAUGUUCUAUGA